UCGGACGUUGGUUGGUCGGGAAAUGUCUGUUUACAAAAUUCAAGUAUUGACGAUAAAUUAAUGUCGGGCUUCCAUCACAAUUUCCUAUUGUCAAUUAUGAUUUGCCAAUGCUGAAUAAUUGAUGCUCAACACUCACCGUCUCGAUCUGUUAUUCGUGUUUCGUAGUGUGGUCCUGGCAUUGUUCUAUGGUACCGGGUCAGUUUCCAUUCCUUAACCUAAUUGUUUUCGUUCUUUUCACAUUCAUUUUUGUGUUGACGGGUCGUGCGUAUCCGCUCUUCCGCUCAGUACAAUUAUACAUCGUUUUAUUCGGAGUCGCGUUUUGGUUUUUGAAAUUUUUACAGAUAUUUAAUUUUCAAACACCUAACUAAGUAACAAAAAUGGGUGACGCAGUAAAAGGAGCCAAAGUAUUCCAAACAAAAUGCUCUCAAUGCCACACGGUGGAGUCGGGCGGCAAACACAAAGUUGGACCCAACUUGAACGGUUUAUUUGGACGUAAAACCGGUGAAGCUGCUGGUUAUACUUAUACUGAUGCCAAUAAACGAAAGGGUAUCACAUGGAAUGAAAAAACAUUAUUUGAGUACUUAGAAAAUCCCAAGAAAUAUAUACCUGGCACCAAAAUGGUGUUUGCUGGCAUUAAGAAAGAAGAUGAAAGAAAAGACCUUAUUGCUUAUUUGAAAAAAGCUACCAAGUAAUGUCAGUACCUAUGACAAUACUAUAAUAAAUUUAACUAUGAGUAAAACCACGUUAUUAAUUUUUUUUUAUUAUUAUUCCCAGUUAUUAUACUGUAUAAUUUGUACACUUUUUAAACUAAAUUAUUUCUUGUUUAAAUUUAUUUGUUAUACAGUGUUGUAGAGUCAAAUAUCAAAUGCUUCAGAAUUAAUGCCUUAUAAAAUGUAUGUCAUAAGACGAGGUUUAAAGAUUAGUGAUAAAGCUUUAUAACUAGAAUUAAAAAUACUGAUAGAUAGUCAUUGACGUAAAAUUACUAUUUAUUAUUCAUUGGCAAAUAGUAUUAAUUAAAUUUAGUAAUAUUUUAUA